UUAGUUGCAAAAACACAUUUGCAAUUGCAGACUGCAGGUCCUCCACAAUUACCGUUUUUCAGGAUUUAUGGGCGCGCGCUUUCGCCAUUAAAUUGCAUUAUUGCAGUAUACUGCACUCUCCGUCAACUGCAACUUUGAAAAUUGUCAGUGAUACCUGCAAGUGAUACCCUUCCAUUCUGGGCUUUUGUUCGCUUCGCCAUUGCAGUUUCCAAAAAUGUCACCAUUUAUCAUGCUUUUAACAAGUUUGUUUAUGCUCGCCGGCUGCAGUUAUGGUCAAGUACCCGUGCCCAAUCCCGUCGUCUCGGAUCACCAUCAGCAUUUAUUUGGACUACAAGGCUUCGAUCAUUUUCCACCGGCAGCAGAGCAAAUGCUACAUACACUUCCUGCACCUCAUCAGGAACUCCUACCACCACCGGCACUACACCCCGAACUUCAUAACGGCAACCCAUCCGACGUGAAAUUAAAUAUUGCACACACUGAACCGCGUCCUCAGCCGGAAAUCCCGCCGGCACUAGACAGUCCCGGCACCCAUGACCCUUUCCGCCAACGGGAGGCAGCACUACAGCCUUUCCCCAGCGAAAUUCCGCAUGUGUUGCAACUGCAGCCACAAUCACCUCCUGUCCAGCAGUAUCAUUACGCCCCUCCAGAGUCCUCAUCUGUUAAUACUUUCACCCCAAUAGCUACUAUCAAGUUGCAACACCUUGUGCCUGCACAAUUCUUCUCGCAGAUGCCGAUUCGCACACAGACUUAUUUCCCACCAGCUCAUAGUCAAAUAGGACAAGCACAUCCUGCCGGCAUUCAGCAACAGACCCUGCCUCAAAAGACCAGAUUUAACGCUGCAGAUGCCCGGAAUAUUGUGGAUCCUCAUAAAGCUGCAACGACGCCCCAUUAUCGAAUUCUCGGUGUACCGUCUGCUGGAUUCCUUGAAGUCAGUUACAAUGGAUCCGCUCCGCAGUAUUCAGGGGCGAUUAUCGAUAUACUGGACAAACUAUCCGUCAUGCUAAAUUUCUCCUACGAAUUCAGUAUCCAGCCGGACCAGCAGUAUGGUAAACGACUGCCUGAUGGAAGUUGGAAUGGGCUGAUUCGCAGUUUGGUUUAUAAUAAAAUGGACAUCGCUGCCGCUGACCUUUCCGUUACACCAGACCGAGAAACCGUGGUCGACUUUACCACACCGUUCUCUCAUUACUCGAUGGGAAUUUUGGCGCACAAAAACUUCUCGUCUUAUGGAGAAGGGAAUAUUUCGUACAUCAUUCGCGACACGGCUGACGCCACGUUCCUCAAUAAAUCCCAAGUGGCUAAAUACCGUGAUAUAUGGAAUAACAUUGCGAACAAUUUUCCGCAUUCCUACAUGGAGACGGAUCAAGAAGCUAUUGAGAAACUGUCUACCGGACCGUAUGCCUACAUCAUGGAAUCGUUUGGUUUAAGCAAGGCAGUAGAAUCUUCUAAUGGUCAGCUACAGGAGCUAGGAAAAUUCUGCCCGGCAGGAUUUCUUGCCUUUGCUGUACCAUCAGGCUCUCCGCUGCGGGAAAGGUUAUCUCUGGGUUUGGCCAGAUUAAUGGAAAGUGGAGAUUUGCAAUUCAUACUAUAUCAGCAUUUUUCGAUGUACUUCCAGCAACAAUUCAAAGAUAUGCAAGCUUCGAUGUAGCUGUAAUCUGAAACGGUUUGGUGCAUAUCGGUCUUACGUUGACAAGCCACAAAGGAUCGGUAGGACCAGUGGCACCCAUCCAGCUAGUGAUCGGGCCAGCGGGACCGGUAACGAAGACCUUGCCGAUUGGCUGUGGAGUGCCGACUGGUGUGAUUUUACCAUUGGCCGCCACGGUGAUCUGAGUAGUACAGCUGCCUUGAAAAGCGUAGACUGGCGAUUUCAGGUUCUGUGCAUCCAGAUGCACAAUCUGGGUAAUGGGUGCAUCGCAGAAACCGGCACAGUUGUUGGGCAGGACCACGAUGGGAGCGGUGGGCUUGCUUUCAAUGCCGACGACGUUCUUGCCCAUUUCGAUCCAGUAGACACCCUUGUCACCACGCGAGUUCCAUUGGUCACCGACACCCCACGAGUUGGCAAUCAUCCAGUAUUUCACGCCGUUCUUGUCGGUGUCCCAACCGAUGAUACGGACAGCGUGACCCUCCUUUUGUUUAGCUGUUGUGCUAGGUCCACGAUAGGCGCCUGCUCAUAUACGCAAAAAAUACGAAAAUCGUCUUUAUAUUUUAAGUCUUCAUGUUUUUUUUUUAAUUCUUGAUUACUUACAUUUGUUAUAAUUAGACGUUCUUGUUAUAUAAUUUAAGUAUUAGAUUUUACCGUUUUCCGGUUUCCAUCCGGCAAAAUCGCUCCACACCCGCAUAUUGGCCGUAAGAGGACCGUUGGCGUAGAUAUCCUGCUGCAUUUUAACGACAUUUUCUUGGAUCUUAGCUGGCGAUGGAUUGUCAUCCAAAUAGCUAGUCCAGAAGCCGUCAACUGGAAAGCAGCGUUACUUCGAUUUCUUAUGUCGUUAUUUGAUCUUACGUACAUAUUGGAUGCCUUUCUCACCAUAUGCAGUAUCUUGUGAGGGAGUUUUCCCAUAGCCGGUAUUUGUGCAGGUCUUGGAGCAAGAUAGCGGCAUCGGCCCGUCAUUGCCCACUGGAUAUGGCUUACAGCCGACUUUACUGUUGAGAUUGCCACCGGUGAUGUAACCGGUCAGUGUGGCCCAUCGGU